AUGGCUGGCCCGAAGACGAUGUGCUUGUGCGCGUGUUUUAUUUUGUUUACUGUAGCGGUCGAGGCCGCCCUCUCUGGAUUGUAUAUCGACAAUGGCGUGGAUCAGACUGUCAUACAUCACUCGAUGACAAGACACGAGCGGAUGGUGGUAGAACAUGAGAUAUUAGAUCUUUUAGGUCUUGGGGAGAGGCCACGUCGAGCUCGAGCGCCUCCGCUGGACCGUUCGGCGCCCAGUUUCUUGUUAGACGUAUACAAGCAGCUUGCCGAAGAACAUGAGCAGGCUCGCCCGACCCGUAGCUCGGAGAUGGCCCUCAGCGGUGAUGAGCAGCACGCCAUUGACGAGAGUGACCUCAUCAUGACCUUUCAGAGCAAGAGGCAUCAUUUGGGAGCAUUACGUCAUGGCCACGGCCGACACGUCUGGUUCGAGGUGACUGGAGCACCUGGCGAUGCGUCUGCGCUUCUGUCAGCGGAACUGCGUUUACAUCAAGCGCCUACGCACACCGAGGACCCAACCGCACUCUACACAGUCGUUGCUCACAGGGUCAUUAGCGUUGACAAUUUGGGGAGCCUGCAAAUGGAGCAGGUGGCCGCGGUGAACACGAGUGCUGGUGCCGAGGGAUGGUUAGAGCUGAACGUGACUAGUGCGCUGGGGGCGUGGCUCUCAUCACCGGCAGACAAUCGAGGCUUCUUCAUAACGUUGCAUCCUCACUCGCAGCCUGAACGUCACGUGAAACCUGAAGAGAUUGGAUUGGAGGAACCUCGUGGAGUUAUAGUGGAGGGGAAGCAGCCGUUCGUAGUGGCCUUCUUCAAGAGUGGACCGAAACUGGCCGGCGCAGACGCAGGCGCCCGGAGGAAACGCGAAGCGAGGCGGUGGCGCACCCACGGAUAUUCCGAGAACUAUCUUAGAAAUCCUCUUACAGAUACCUCUCAUUGGACCACGAGAAGUUGUGAGAUCCAGACUUUGUAUGUCAGUUUUAAGGACUUAGAAUGGCAGGACUGGAUCAUAGCUCCGGAUGGUUACGGUGCGUUCUACUGUAGCGGCGAGUGCAACUUCCCUCUGAACGCGCACAAGAACGCUACCAACCACGCCAUCGUACAAACUCUAGUACAUCUACUUAAUCCUACGAAGGUUCCGAAGCCGUCGUGUGCGCCGAUCAAGUUAUCACCGAUAUCAGUGUUGUACUACACGGAUGACUCCAACGUGAUCUUGCGCAAGUACAAAAACAUGGUCGUCAAGAGUUGUGGCUGCCAUUGA